AAAAGGUGGUGAAAAAAAAUGGAAAUAUAGUGUGAGGUGGAUAGUGUAACACUCCCAUAGAGGCGGGUGGAUAUCACUCGCGAGCGCCCGACCCUCGCCUCCACUCGUCUUCUCCCUGUGCACCAGGUGAUCGCAACGGCGUAAUGGUGUUGGAAAUCGACUCGCUGGUGGAGCGUUACCAGCAGGACGGCGCCGUGCUGGUGGAGGGCGUGUUUGACGACACUUGGGUGGAGAAGGUCCGCCGCGGCAUCGCCCAGAACUUGAUGCGUCCCUCCAAGUACAGCGAGCAACUCAAGGGCAGUGAGGGCGAGGGCGCUUACUUCAACGACUACUGCAACUGGAUGUGGAUUGAGGAGUUCAAGGACUAUGUAUUCCAUUCUCCUGCUGCAGCUCUUGCAGCAAGCUUCAUGAAGUCCUCUCAGGUGUCCUUCUACCAUGAGCACGUCCUCAACAAAGAACCGGGAACCAGCAAACGGACGCCCUGGCAUCACGACCAGUCCUACUAUCCCAUCGACGGAGACAAGGUGUGCUCGCUGUGGAUGCCGGUGGACCCGGUGCCUCGUGACACCUGCGUGCAGUUCAUUGCGGGCUCCCACCUGUGGUCUCAGUGGUUCCUUCCUCGUAAGUUUGCUACGGAGAAAAACUACCCGCUGAAGGAAACGCAGGAUGAGAAGCUGUCUGAGGAACGCCAGUACCACGAAGUCCCAGUGCAGGAGAUCGAGGCUGGGAAGUGGCCGAUCCUACAGUGGGAAUGCAAGCCGGGCGAUGUGGUGAUCUUCCACAUGAGGACGCUGCACGGAGCCAAAGGGAACUCUUCUUCCUCCACUCAGCGCCGUGUUCUCUCCACCCGUUGGCUCGGAGACGAUGCAGUGAUAACAUCGCGCCCUUGGGACGUGUCACCUCCCAUUACUGGCGGUCUGCUCCCCGGCCAACGAGCAGUGUGUGACGUCUUCCCUCGUGUCCACUUGGACUGAAUAAGCGCAAUAACGUGUUGUAUUGCGUCUUACUUUGUAUUCUGGCUUGGUACUUCCUAGUUCUCUACUUCCCUUUGCCUCUAGACCAUCCUCCAGGAAUCACGAUGUAGCUCCUGCCACGCCCGGAGAGCUGAAAGAGGCUGCGCGCUUCAUUGCCUUUAUCACAGUAAAAAAAAAAAAAAAAAAAAAAAAAAAAAAAUUUCAAUUGACUGAUGUUUAAAAAAAAAAUGUAAUGCAUCUCUGAAUGAAGACGGGAACUGAAACGAGUUUCAUUGUCACUUUCAAAAUGAUGAUGCAAAUAUUCUUUUCGGCCAUCACUAAAUAAACUCACCAA